AUGAUGCAAAUCGUUAAAAAUAGCGCUCAAAUCAUCCCAUUCAAAAAUAUUAAAGGAUGUGAUGAUAGCAAGUGUAAUCAAACAAAUAAAGAACAACAUGAUAGAGUCAUUAAAAGUGUAUUAUGUAAUUUGGUAUUAUUUAGAAGGAUUAUAUCGGUAUCUUCAAAGAAAGGUGUAAAGACAUACAAGCUUAAUCAAUUACCAGAAAAGAUUGGUUGGUAUCUUAGAGGUGGUUAUAUCAAUCUAUUAAAAGAAAGAAUUGAAAGAGAGGAAAAAGAAUUACAUCAAUUUAAUAAUAAUAAUAAUAAUAAUAAUACUUCAUCCUCUUCUUCUACUUCAUCUUCUUCAUUUAUAAUUAAAAAAGAUUAUUUAUUUGAUGAUCAUUUAAAAUGGAAUUAUAAAACAACUAAAGAUAUAUGUUCAUUUGAUGGUCAAGAUAAACAACACUUGGAAUUAUUUAAAUAUUUGUUUGGAAAGAAACCUGAAUGGUUUAAUCAUUCUGGAUGUUUCAAAAUGGCAGCAAGUAAAGGUAAUUUAGAGAUGUUUAAAAUAUUGGCUGGUAAUACUAUUCCUAUCAAACCAUCAUAUGAUAUGAAUGAAUGUAUUAAUCUUGCAAUUAAAGGAAUGCACCCGGACAUGGCAUUGUAUUUAUUGGAAAAGAAUGAUUACAAAUUCGAUAUGACCAGUCCAUUCCAAUCGGCCGAACCAUUCAUUUUAAAAGGUGGUCUAUUUAAACACAGUCAAUCAGAUUUAAUCAAACUUGCUAGACUAAUUGUAGAUAUUGUCAAAAAGAAUGAUGAGAUCACAAUGGAAGAUAUCUUUGUACAUUAUUUCUUUAAUUUGCUCAUGCCAACAAGAGAUAUGGAAUCGAUCAAGUGCGCACGCGGUUACGAAGUGUACGCCUUUGAAGAUCGACACAUUGGCUUUAUCAAACUGUCAAUGAGGCAUUAUGUCGAGCCAAAGGAACACCAACUAUUGGUUGAUACGGCAAACAAAUUUAUUGAAAAGUUUGUCGUUACCGAGGAAUUGGAUUGUAUAGAAAAACCAAAGAGUCAAAAGAUUAAUAACAAAGAUGACCAAGAAGAAGAAGAGGAGGAAGAAGAGGAAGAGGAAGAGGAGGAGGAAGAGGAAGAGGAAGAGACCUAUUUCGAUAGUCUUGUUCAACUAUCAACCAAACAAUCACGUUGGACAAUGUUUAUGUUUAGUAUGUUUUUAGAAACGCACACAUACAAGGAUGAUUAUUGGGAGGACUUGCAAAACAUCUUCAAAGUACGUGUCAAGGAAGAAACAAAAGAAGAGUUUAUCAAAUUGGUAUGCAAAACUUUUAAGUGGGAAUUCAUCAUGAACCACGGUACAUUAGAGUAUGUAAAGGUGGCACAUUCGUUGGGUUUGGUAGACCCAGAUGAAUCCUUUAAACCAAAACAUAAAGAUAUCAAUCAUACAUUGACCAUCAUGCAAUAUCUACACGAUAAUGGAAUCAACCCAUUUAAAAAACGUGCUAUAAUAGAUUGCGGCAAGAAUGAUGACAAAGUGAUCUUGUUUCUCCAUCAACAUUAUCCUCAACUAAUACUCGACACAAAAGAUAAUAUUCUCGAAUAUAUCAAGAAAUAUGGUCAUUAUCAUCUUGCCAGUGUAAUAGUUGCGCCUGAAGAAACUCCACAAAGAAAAUCAGGUCGUGUUAACCGACACCACUAUGUCAUCAAAGAUAGCAGUUGCCUUAAUGCCACUACUCUUGGUGUAUUGAUCAAAUUGGCUGGAUCUACCUUGGAAUACUAUUACGAUGAUCGUGUUGGUCAAAAGAGUUUCCAACUCUUGCAACAGUAUUACAACGACAUUGACAGUACUACAUCAAAGAAUCUAAAUUAUAUUCAACAACUAGAGAUUUCAACUCGAAACAACCAAAUUCACAUUGUCGACUAUCUCUUGUUUCAACAAACAAAAUUCAAACCAACCACUUCAACACUUGCCAACAUUCUCGCUGAAUCAUACAACCGACAAUACAAAGCACUUUACCAAUUAAUCAAACGUUAUUAUCGAGAGAAUCAUGAAAAAAGAAAGAGAUUAUCACUUGGAGGUAAAGCUUGGGAAUCAAUAGCAUCAAGAGGUGAUAUUCAAACAUUUGAUCGAUUCAUGACCAAAUAUACACCUUUGGAAGAUUUGACAACUGUCAUUAAACAUGCCACCACUCAUAAUCAACUAGUAUUUAUUCAACACCUCGUCAACAAAUACUCACAUUUAAAGAAAAACAUUACCAGAUGUAUCAAUAAUACUAUUCUUAAUGAUCGUCCAAUUAUAUUAAAAUAUUUUUUGGAUUUGGCUCAUCAAGAAGAAGAAAAAGAAUCAAAAAAAAAGAGUCAAAGAUUCUUUCCUCAAGACUACAAUGUCGACCAAUCUAUUGAAAGAGCUCUUGAACGAUGUUUGGUAGAUGGCAACUUGUCAUGUUUAAAAAUGAUAUUGGAUCUAGAUUAUUUUGACUCAACAACUAGAAUCAAAGGAUAUUUUGGCAUGAAAUCGAAUAGUAUAAAAGGAUGUGAUGAUAUCAAGUGUAAAUCAAACAAAGAACAUCACGAUAGAGUCAUUAAAAGUGUAUUAUGUAAUUUGGUAUUGUUCAGAAAGAUUAUAUCGGUAUCAAGAAAGAGAGGUGUAAAUACAUACAAGAUCGAUCAACUACCAAAUAAUCUUGGUUGGUAUCUCAGAGGUGGUCAUAUCAAUCUAUUAAAAGAAAGAAUUGAAAGAGAAGAAAGAGAAUUACAUCAAUUCAAUAUUGAGCAACAACAAGAAAAACAACAAAUAGAAAUCAACAAUUUAAAUAACAAGAGAUCUAAAUUUAGAAAAUAUUCUCCAUUUGCAAAAGAGAAAUGUAUCAGUAGAGAUACGUGCAUUAAGACCAAAAGAGAAGAUUUGCUUCAAAAAAUGAAUCAACUCCAACAUCAUUUAAAUUGGAGUGAUGAUGUAGCUACCAAAGAUAUAUGUUCAUUUUACUGUGGUGGAGGAGAUGAACAACAACAACAACACUUGGAAUUAUUUAAAUAUCUUUUUGAAAAGAAAUCAUUUUGGUUUCAACACCCAUCAUGUUUCAAGAUGGCAGCAAGUAAAGGUAAUUUAGAUAUGUUUAAAAUAUUGGUUGGUAAUACAUCUGUUCCUAUUAAAAUACCAUAUGAUAUCGAUGAAUGUAUAACUGUUGCAAUUCAAGGAAUGCAUCUAGAUAUGGCAUCGUAUUUAUUGGAUAAGAAUCAUUACAAAUUCAAAGUAACCAAACCAUUCAGUUUAGAGGAUGGUCUCUAUAAACACAGCCAAUCAAAUUUAAUCAAACUUGCUAGAUUAUUUGUUGAUAUUUUCAACAAUAACAAGAAAAUUCACAAAAAGAACAAAAAAGAUGGAGUCAUUUCAAUUGAAGAUUACUUUAAAUCUUUUUUCACCGAUCUACUUUUACCAACUAGAGAUAUAGAUACUAUCAAAUAUGCUGGUAAUCUAUGUAAAUUCCAACUAGAAGGAGUGUAUUUAAAUUUCCUACGUUUUGGUGCACCAAAAGAUACGGAUCUCGAUGACCACAUUGAAUUUUUCAAACAAGUGUUGAAACUUGAUGUGGACCCAAAGAAAUAUAAACAAUUGGUCGAUAUGGAAUUGAUCAAAAUCUAUGUGAUUGAAGAGGAAAUAGAUUUUGUAGAAAUUCCAAAGAAUCUAGAGAUGGACAAUCAUUUCGAUAGUCUUGUUCAACUUUCAACCAAACAAUCACGUUGGUAUAUGUUUAUGUUUAGCAUGUACUUGAAUCAAGAUAAAACAGGACAAAGAAGAUCAAGACUAUUGGGUUGGAAAUCUACCAUUGAUUACUAA